GAAGAAAAGUCUAAAGCAAUGCGAGGACCAAUGCUUGUGAAGCAGCUUUUAGGAAGCAAGCUUAAUUGCAGGUGCGGGUACAGGUACAACAGGAGUAGUUGGACAAGUUUCAAGAAAAGCAUAAAUACUAUAGGGAGCUCAGUUCAAGAGUGCAAGUAGCUAUUUUCCGUUGAGAAUUAAGCAGCAAUGGAGAGCGAGUUAGAGAGUAUGAGAGAAUAUUUUAAGAGUGGAAAGACUAGAAGUGUUUCUUGGAGGCUGUCUCAGCUUAAAGGGUUGCUCUUGUUUAUCAAGGAAAAAGAAGCAGAAAUCUUUGAAGCUCUAAAGAAAGAUUUAGGAAAGCAUCCUGUUGAAGCUUUUAGGGAUGAGGUGGGGACUUUAAUAAAAUCCAUAAAUUUUGCAUUGAAAGGUUUGAAAAAUUGGAUGUCAAGCGAAAAGGUCAAGCUCCCAAAAAUUGCAGUCUUGUCAUCAGCAAAGUUGGUUCCUCAGCCUCUUGGCCUUGUCCUCAUUAUAUCAUCCUGGAAUUUUCCUUUAGGACUGUCCUUGGAGCCACUUAUAGGAGCAAUAGCAGCAGGAAACACAAUGGUUUUGAAACCUUCAGAAAUGGCUCCUGCUUGUUCUUCUCUUCUAGCAAAUGUUAUGACCACUUACCUGGACACUAAAGCUAUUAAGGUCAUCCAAGGAGGACCAUCCAUUGGUGAACAACUCCUGCAGCAGAAAUGGGACAAAAUUUUCUUCACAGGUAGCGCCCUUGUGGGACGGAUAGUUAUGUCUGCUGCUGUGAAGCAUCUAACACCAGUUGUUCUUGAGUUGGGUGGGAAAUGCCCUGCUGUUGUUGAUUCCUUUUCAUCUUCUUGGGACAAACAGGUGGCUGUAAAUCGAAUUGCUGUCUCAAAAUUUGGGAACUGUGCUGGCCAAGCAUGCAUAGCAAUUGAUUAUAUCCUUGUGGAAAAGAAAUUUGCUUCCAAUUUGGUGGAACUAAUGAAGGCUUCCAUCAAAAACAUGUUUGGGGAUAACCCCAGAGAAUCAAAUACCAUUGCAAGGAUUAUUAACAAACAUCAUUUCUUGAGAUUGAAGAACCUUCUAAGCGAUUUGGCAGUCCAAAAAUCUGUUGUCUAUGGUGGUUCAAUGGAUGAAGAGAAUCUGUUUAUUGAGCCAACAAUCUUGCUAGAUCCUCCCCUUCAAUCAGAAAUAAUGACAGAUGAGAUCUUUGGUCCAUUGCUUCCCAUAAUUACAUUAGACAUGGUUGAAGACAGCAUAGAAUUCAUAAAUUCAAAGCCUAAAGCUCUUGCAAUUUAUGCCUUCACCAAAAAUGAACAGUUUAAGAGAAGAAUAGAGGCAGAAACAUCAUCAGGAAGCUUGGUAUUCAACGAUGCAGUUAUUCAAUAUGCAGUUGAUACCUUGCCAUUUGGAGGAAUUGGUGAAAGUGGGAUUGGCAGAUACCAUGGGAAAUUCUCAUUUGAUACGUUUACACACCACAAGGCAGUGACGACAAGAAGCUUCCUGACUGAUUUCUGGUUCAGAUUUCCUCCAUGGAAUGGUCAGAAGUUGAUGCUUUUCGAAACAGUUUACAACUUUGAUUAUCUUGGAAUUCUACUUGUCAUUCUUGGGUUGAAGAGGUGUAAAAGGAACUUGGAUGUCAUCUAGCAAUUUUCUUGCGUGUUUUGUGUAUAAAAAGUUGUUCACUCUCAACCACUGCAGCUUGUGUGAUAAUAAAUGAAUGGAAAAGGAUAGUUCCAUGAUGAAAUCUUCAAUUUCAGCUCCCAUAUAACAAUUUCUGAA